AUGUUUCGCAACAGGGGUAGUAUCACUCCUCGUUCGCCUCGUGUGGUGGCGCCCUUGCGUGGCCGGUUUAUCGAAGGCGAAUGGCACUGCAACUGCGAGCCGCGACUCUUCGCAGCUCAUUUCCAGACGAAAAACCAAGGCCCCAACCACGGGCGAUGGUUCUAUACAUGCCAGAAACCUCAGGGUGAACGUUGCAACUUCUUCCUGUGGGACGACGAUGCGAAGGUCCGCGAAGACAAGCUUAGCUUGUCGCAUUCGGUAUCGGAGCCGGAUCAGACUCCUCAGACACCAUCCAAGACAGUCAAUAAGAGCGGAGGUCUGCUCACCCCGGCAUCCGCGUGGAGGAGACAUGAUGCGCCCCGGACAAAUCUAGGAACGCCAUCCAAGGUUCGAAAGUCGAGAGAAAUCUCGGACGAUGAAUAUUUUAGCUGGGAUGAGGGUCUUGAUGACGAGGUUCAGGGCAUGCUGGAUCGGCCGGCUCAGCCCAAGUUCUCUCCUGAAACGCCGCGGAAGACACCACGAACGGCGCUCUUCACAUCGCCUGGGAAGAAGAAGUUAUCAGAGACAGCAAGCGCCAGCAGCAAUGCAUACUCCGAUCCGUUUACUUCCUUCGCUCAGGAUACUCAUCUUGCGACGCCGCAAUCACAAGCCCCGUCCCAGCUAGGUAGCGUUCCGCCAUCGUCGAUGGAGAUAUCCGCGACGCCCACGCCUAGCAGAUAUACCAAUGUCCUAUCUACAGACAACAAUCCUGAUGUUUCCGAACUAGCCACGACCACACUCGCAAUCCUUGAUAGCCAUGAUGUGGUGAUGCCACGGAAGGCAAAGGAGGCCCUGGUUGAAUUGCUGAAUAGGCAUGAUCUGAGGACACGAGGCAUUAUUCGAGGCAGAGAAAUAUCGCGGCUUGCGCUUAAGAAGAAGGACGAACAGAUCAAGCAGCUAAAUGAGAGGAUUUCAGGCUUGGAGGCUGAAAGAGAGAUGAACAGAAGUGCAGUUGCCGGUUUGAAACAGCAACCGGAAUGA